AUGACGCAUGAUCUGUCUCCGUCUUCCAACAACCUUUUUCUUUCCAGUAACAAUUGUCGUGUCCCGUCGCCUUCCCGCCAGCUGCAGCAACAGAGGCGGUCUCCGCUGGACGACGAUAAUGAAGGAUUUCAACAGGAAUCUCCUUUUGGAAUCGACCCCAGCGACAGCGUGGGAGGUUCCAAUCCACUGGAAAAAGACCUUCUUUGCGCAAAGCUGACGUCCAUUGGUUUUUCACCAGACGAUUUUCGUCCAGUGCUGAUCGAGGCUCAGCUGAGUGGACUCGGUCUAACCUCUGUUAACGCUAUUCGCGAUUUCCGCAAUCUCCAGAUCGUCCGCAUGCGCAACAACAAGCUCCGUUGUUUGCAUCCCCUCAACCUGUUGACUUUUUUGACCGUUCUCGACGCUGCGAACAACGAAAUAGAAUCGAGUGAAGAGCUGAUGCCGAAUGCAUGCCUAGAGGUCGUCGACCUCUCACAAAAUCGUAUAAAACGCCUCGGUGACUGGUCCUUCAACCCGCGGUUAAGGAUUCUGAAACUGGCAGGAAAUGCGAUUGCCUCUCUGGAAGGCAACCUACGCGACAAUGCACUUUUGCAGCACCUUGAUCUCUCUGAAAAUCUUUUAGAGAGCCUCGAGGACCUACCCCCUUCUCUGUCGAUCGAAGAACUGCUUGUCGCCAAUAACCGGAUCAAGAGUCUGCAAGGCGUCGAAGCUUUGGCAAAACUGGCCUUCCUCAAUGCGCAUGGGAACCGCCUGACGUGUUUGUACCCGGUGUCUGCGGAGACAGCUCCAAAUCUUCUCCACCUCGAUGUAGGCGGCAACCCCGAAUUUCGAAAUAUCAGACUCCUGACGCCUCUGGAGAAAUCCUCUUUUUUCUGUUCUCUCAAUCUUUUCCCGGGCCCCUUGGAGGAGGUCGACUGGCUUCGAGUAAAAGUAAUUCACAUGCUCCAACAUCUCGAGGUUCUCAAUGGUGAACCCGUGACGACGGAAGAGAAGGUGAAAGUGGAGGAAGCCUACGGAGAAGAAGUUGAAGGACAAAGACGAAUCUGGGAGGCCAUUUUGCCAGGAGAACCAUUUCCAGACAGACGUCUUCUGAAAGCUCACGACUUCAUCUAA